UUUAAUAAUCGUGAGUUGUUUGACAGCAUAUUUUAAACCGUUUUUAUUCCUUUAUUCGCAAGUGUGUGUGAGUGUAUUUCAGUUAAAAUUUAAUAAAAUGAGUUCUGAUACGGGCUUUCAGAUAAUGAGAAGCAAUAAAGGCAAACCAAUGAUACUAGUCGAAGGCUAUAAAUUCCGACAAUUUCGCGUUAAAAAAAAAAAUAUACAUUGGCGGUGUUCGAAAAAAGAGUGCCGGGCUACGAUCAAAACAGAUGUACCGAUGACUACUUUGCUUGAAACGACCAACAAGGAACACAGACCGCAACAUGCUCCACCAAGUGAUAAAGAAAUCGAGCUGCAGCUUAUAAGAACCAGUCUGAAGAGAAAAGCAACCGAAAAUCUAAAUGAACCACCAUUGAAAUUGAUACGCCAUGAGGUUGAGAAUUCAAAAAAGGUAACAUUUUCUGACCUACCGUCCCUUUCACAGUCCAGUUAUCGCGCUAGAAAAAAAUUGAAGAAACCCGUACCAAAGAACAUUGAUGGGGCUUUGGACGGGAUGGCCAGUACGGUAACCUCUUCCGAUGAAAAGAUUAUUAGAGUUGAUAAAAAACAUCAGAUUGUCGCCGUAACAUGUAAAGAAAACCUGCAAUUUUUGGUCGACUUCGAUGAUGUUAUUUUGGGAGACGGAACAUUCACUUAUGCUCCCAAGCAUUUCAAACAAACUUAUACAAUCCACGUGUUCCAUCGUGGCUUUUAUUUGCAUGUUGCCACGUUCUUCCUCCCCUCAAAAGCGGCAGAAACUUACUCAGCUAUGUGGGAUUUAUUGAAACAAAUGUGUGUUAAACACACUGGUAAAGAAUUGAACGUUAAACUUCUCCUACUUGACUUCGAAUCCUCCGCUCACAAAGCCGCUAAAGUAGCUUUCCCUAAUGCAACGAUUAGGGGCUGCAGAUUUCAUCUGGGGCAAAGCUGGUGGCGGCGGAUACAGAAAUAUCCAGUGCUACGAUAUGCAUUCACUCGGUCAGAAAAAAAAGGAGAGCAGUUAGAGAUUCAAUCAUGGUUACAGCUAUUCUUCUCUUUGUCUUAUCUGCCCGCCAAUGAUGUCCCUGCUGCAUUUGAGCAGUUGGCCAGUGCUACUCCUCAUGUAAGUGGCGCCUCUGCAUUUGUUGCUUACAUUCGAAAAAAUUACAUAAACUCGAAGAUGUUCCCCCCUCAUCUGUGGGCCAGCCCUCUUACACAAGAUUCUUGCACAACGACUAAUGGGGUUGAGGGCUUCAAUAGUAAACUUCAAGGCGAGUUUUAUUACCACCAUCCAAGUGUGUACGAAGCAACUGACCAAGUUUUUAAGGCCCAGACUAUUGUUUCUUUAAAAAUAAAAUCCGUACGGAAUGGCGAGUUGUUCAAUAAACGCAAGGCUCAACAAACGAAAGAUGAUGAAGUUAUUGUGCUGACCAGUGCUUUUCAAAGUAAAGACCUCGAUAUAAUGGAGUUCCUUGAAAUGAUCCGUGAUGUGAAAUAUGCGAAGCAAGAUGCAUCAGACUCAAAAAAUGACUCGGGAGCUGAAAAUGACUCCUUCAAUGAAGACGAUCUGGACGAAGAAAUUUCCUUUCAUGAACCACCCACCAGCCAUCCUGAGAAUACUAUUGGCUCCAGUUCAGACUCCUUCAAUGAAGACGAUCUGGACGAAGAAAUUUCCUUUCAUGAACCACCCACCAGCCAUCCUGAGAAUACUAUUGGCUCCAGUUCAGACUCCUUCAAUGAAGACGAUCUGGACGAAGAAAUUUCCUUUCAUGAACCACCCACCAGCCAUCCUGAGAAUACUAUUGGCUCCAGUUCAGACUCCUUCAAUGAAGACGAUCUGGACGAAGAAAUUUCCUUUCAUGAACCACCCACCAGCCAUCCUGAGAAUACUAUUGGCUCCAGUUCAGACUCCUUCAAUGAAGACGAUCUGGACGAAGAAAUUUCCUUUCAUGAACCACCCACCAGCCAUCCUGAGAAUACUAUUGGCUCCAGUUCAGACUCCUUCAAUGAAGACGAUCUGGACGAAGAAAUUUCCUUUCAUGAACCACCCACCAGCCAUCCUGAGAAUACUAUUGGCUCCAGUUCAGACGACUCUGACGAUGGCAUUUUCUUCCGGCGAGAGUAUUUCCUUUCAUGAACCACCCACCAGCCAUCCUGAGAAUACUAUUGGCUCCAGUUCAGACGACUCUGACGAUGGCAUUUUCUUCCGGCGAAAGUAAAACCAAAAAUCUGUAAGUAUAGCCAAUACUAUUUAUUCAAUUAAUUUAACUAUUUUUUACAUAAUUCAUGUGGAAAUAAGCACCUCACACACACUCUCAAACUCACUCACUUCUGUUUCAUCACUCGUUUACUCGCCCCCUCUGUUCGGUUUUAAAC